AACGGCAAUCGCACGGCCGACACACAUGACACAUGCGGCGAGAGAGCAGCGGAGCAGGUGCGCACGAAAAAAGCCAUAAAAGAGAGCGAGCUCGCAGCGCAGAUCGAACGGGAGAAGAGAACAAGAGAUACCUCUGCUCGCCAGCUCACCCUGCUCCAGUUCUCCUUCCACUCCCACACUCCCAGCCGAGCUCGCGCGCACGCACAGGCACAGCACACACGCGCAAGCAGGAGCUCCUGCUAGAUCCCAAACUGUCCUCUGCCCGCCCGCGCGCGUUGCGGGGGGCGCAAGCAAAGGAUCAUCGGAUGGCGACGAUGUUCGCGCGGCCGGUGCUGGCCGCCCUGCUGCUGCCGGCGUUCCUGCUCUCCGCCGCCGGGGCCGCCGACAGCAAGGACAACCCUGCCGAUCAGCUCGUUGCAUUGAUCAACAGCAACCGUACUGCCAGCAAGGCUUCUGCUGUUUCUGAUAAUCAAGGUUUAGGAUGCAUUGCUCUGCAGUACAUCAGAGCAUAUGAAGGUCAUUGUGACCAGGUGGAUGACAAGAAGCCGAUGGAGUCAAGUUUCACCGACACAUUUGCCCCAACCUGUGGCGUCCAAGCCACAACUCUUUCCAAGAUUACUGGUAGGCUUGUGGGCUGCCAGUCCAAGUAUGCGACUCCAGCUGAGGCCUUUAACAUCCUGGUGAAUGAUGCGAAGGGCCUUCAAAUAUUGCACAGCAAGAACCACACAGAGGUUGGGGCAGCUGUGAGUGGCACCGAUGGUGGUGGACCUUACUUCUGGUGUGUCCUGUUCAGUGACGGGAAGCCUACUACCAGCUUCAAGGUGGAUGGCGAAGUGCCCAAGGCGGCCAUCCAUCCAGGGUGCUUCAGUGGCAACAAUGACGACUGCAUGGGCGCGACGAAUGGCGCCAUUUCGACCAAUGCUGGUGCAUCGAGGCUGGUGGCGGCCCUUCCUUUUGCUGUAGCUUGUGCCUUUGCUUUGUGAGCUUGUAAGUAGGUGUGAUGUUUUCGGCCAUUAUUUUGCUUUGUGAAAAGGAGCUGAACACCGUCUCCUGUUUGCAGUGGCACGCCAUUCUUUUGCUUCUCUGAGCAUAUGAACUAUACAUGCAAGGAUUUAUAGAUCAGUAUUCAACAUUUCAGACUAUCAUUUAUAGAUCAUUGUUCAGCAUUUGAGACUAUCAUUUAUAGAUCAUUGUUCAGCAUUUUAGACUA